AUGAACAAGAUCUUCUCAAGUCCUCUAUGUUUUGGAAUUCUAACUUUGUUAUUUAUAAUGAUCUUUUUGGAAUCAGUGCAUGGAUGGCCAUAUCUUACCCAAGGAAAUGAAGUGUUUCCAGAUAAAAAAGAUAGAAAUCAUAAGGAACUAUUGCUGGCUCUACUGAAAAAAAAUUUUGAUUUCCAAAACCAUUUCAACAUUGAUACAGAACUGGCUAACAAAUUGGAAGAACUUAACCAGACGAAAAAGCUAAAGAAACAGCUUGUGGAGGCAAAGGAUUCUGAGAUGUCCUAUGCUAUAGAUGGUUUAUUAUCUUCCCAUUCUAACAAGCGAGCUUGCUUUUGGAAAUACUGUGUUUGA